UGAAGUCCAUGGGUAACUGCGCAGGCCCCGGUAGUUUAGAGGGAACAUUGGAUUCAAGUAUUGUGUUUACAAUACUUAUUAUUUUCUAAGACAAGAGACAACAUGUUAGACUUCUUUUAUCAUAAUACACUUCAUGCGGUGAAAUUUGAAAAAAAGAGACACGGCACAAGCUUCCCGUUUCCAUGGCGACGUUGUCACACAACCUGCUUGCUGCAGAAACCAGACAGCUGUCAGCUAAGCUAACCUCUGUUUUUCAUUGUAACUUCAUAGCAAAUAUGGAGUUCACAGGUAGCAGUUACACUGGAGCUUUCAAGAAUGGCAGGAUGGAGGGAGAAGGGGAGUAUAAAUUCCCCACAGAGACAAGAUAUGUUGGGGAUAUGAAGGAUGGCAUGUUCCAUGGAAAAGGUGUUCUCUAUUUUCCAAAUGGAAGCAAAUAUGAAGGAACUUGGGAGAAAGGGAUAUCCAAACAGGGAAAGUAUACCUUCUCUGAUGGGCUGGAGUACCAGGAGAAGGACUGGGACUUCUGUGAUGGUUAUGACAGACAGUUCUACACUGAGAGGUGCAAUGGACUCAAACCUGCAGGGGAGUCUCAGCUGACAGACCUGGACCCGCCGCGUGUCAUCCCAGAUGGCUGCUAUGACUGUGGGGACGGCUUCUACGACCCCAACACCAGGGUUAUCACUGACUAUGAGCAUCAAUUCCUGAGGAACGCAGAUGACUAUGAACGGGAGUGGAUUGUGUCCACUUGUCGGAAGAGCUGGGAUGAGAUCGUUGGACAUUCACCUGACAACUAGGCUGAAUUUCAGAACUGGACAUUGAGUUGAGGGGCCUGAGCAGCUGCUGAUUUAAAGGCAGCUAAUUUAUGGAAUGUUUAACUGUAUAGGCUACCUGUGAAUCAUAUUUUGUGAAAUAUGGAAUAUUACACAUUUUCGUUGUUAUAAAUAUGAUUUUAACAGAUGCAUAAAAACAUCGGUAGGUUUAUUUCAGAUGCACAAAAACACAGCGAAACGCAUGUAAUGUAGCCAGCCUAUACUGAAAUGAAAUGUGAUAAAGUCUAGAUCGAAAAAGAUGCUAAUGCUUCAAACAUGUUCAUGCAGAAUGAGGAAAAAAAACAUUUUGGAUUUGUAACUUGUAAAGCCAUUUGUUUACGUGUAAUGUUUGUCCUUAAUUCUCUGCUUGGUGCUGCCUGUGUAAUCAGUGUCAGAUUGUUCUCUCAAGUGUCCUGAAAGACUCUGCAGGUAGCAGCCUAAUGGAUGCAAAUCAACAUGAGGUGACUUCCUGUAAUACGUGAAAUAUAUGCAGUUGCUAUAGGCUUUAUUCCAGUUGUAGUCUUAUAUUGAGAGAUAUCUUGUCUGUCUGUACAAAAACACACCAAUGUAAAACCCUCAAAAUCGAACAUGCAUUCAACUAUAGAAAUAUGCAAAGAACUCUCAAUAUAAGGCUUUGGCUCCGAUAAUUGUAUUUUCUACUAUAAUGCUGUUUUUUUUGGGGGGGGGGCAUAUUUCUGUAGUUUUAUUGGAUGUUCGAUUUUGAAGGUUUUACAUUUGUGUGUGUUUUUGUACAGACAGACAAGCUU